AAGCAGACCGGCGAUAAUACUUAACUACCUACCUACCUAGGUACCUACCUUACUUUCCUUUCUCCUAGAUUCGUGGAGUAAGGGAUCAUUACCCUCGUGGCAAUAGCAACACUACAUAAUACCGAUGGUCCGACCUAGGCUGACUAGCUUCUGUCUAAUCCUAUUUAAUUCGUACAAUUUGUCAACAUGUCAACGUCUUACUCGGACUUUGGCGGACUUAUAUUAUCCACGACAAGCUUCGUACUUAUAUCGCCAUCGAUUGACUACCCUAGAGUUUCCCCGACGAAUCCGGGACAGCGUCAAUUCGAGCUGUCGAAUCCCUCUAUUAAUUAGGCAUCCUAGACAAUCUAUCUACCUGGAUAGCCUGCCUCGCCUGAUUCUCGACCGUCUGGUCUGCAUUCCAUUACAUAUAAAGCGGGAAGCUGCUCAAUGCAGAUCCGAAAGCGCCCGAGUUAUGAGAGUUGUAUGUGAGACGUUCUCGAAGCUUACAGCCUAGGAGUCCUACGAGCUGUUGUACUACAUCGUUUCCCGUAUGCCUAAGUCAGGUAGGCUUUUUAUUAAUUCUACUUGCCUCGAGAUAUCAUGGCGUACCCUGCGCAAACGCGCCUGCCGGGAUAAGACCUGAAUCAAGGGCAACGCUUAACAUCUCGUAGCCGUUCUCAACAUUCUCAUUCAACUAUCUUGAGACGAAAAAGCAAGCCUCGUACUAUUAUUUAUAUUACAGGCAUUCGUGACUCAUAAA